AUGGGCAAUUCGCUUAUGCACACCUGCUUAUAUUGCCUGCUAAAACUCUUUGUUGGAAUUUACUUCCCUUCUUCCAUUGUUUCUAGCCAAUGUCUUGAGCACCAGAGGUCAGUACUACUACAAAUCAAACAAGAAUUGUCAAUUGAUCCUCAGUUUGUAACUGACUCGAAGCUUCUGUCUUGGACUCCAACAAAAAACUGCUGCUUGUGGGAUGGUGUGACUUGUGACCUUCAAACUGGUUAUGUUGUCGGUCUAGACCUCAGCGAUAGCUCCAUUACUAGUGGAAUCAACGGCUCUACCAGUAUCUUCAGUCUUCAUCACCUCCAGUAUCUCAGCAUAGCGGGAAAUGAAUUGUAUUCCUCUCCCUUUCCAUCAGGAUUUAGUAGACUUUCGAGCUUGACUCAUCUCAACCUUUCAUGGUCAGGCUUUUUUGGCCAAGUUCCAGCUGAAAUUUCAUUUCUUAGAAAGUUGGUAUCUCUUGAUCUUUCUUCUUAUCCGUUUGGAUUAGAGGAACCUGUAACACUCCAAAAUCCAGAUAUUGAAACACUUGUCGAAAACCUUACUAGGCUGAGGGUGCUCCACCUUGAUGGAAUAGACCUCUCCAUGGCUGAGAGUAAGUUGUGGGCGGUCCUGUCAACAAAACUUCCUAACCUUCGUGUCUUGGGUUUGUCAAAUUGUAAUCUUGCUGGGGUAUUGCACCCUUCUCUUUUACAACAUGAGAAACUCACUGAUCUCCAGCUAAGUGGAAACAACUUUUCAUCAAGAGUACCUGACUUCUUAGCCAAGUUUUCUUCUUUGAAAACUUUGCAUCUAAGCUAUUGUGGGUUGUAUGGAAUUUUUCCAAAUAGUCUGUUCUUGAUGCGCACUCUGCGUUCUCUUGAUGUGUCCUACAAUUCUAAUCUCACUGGAACUUUGCCAGCAGAGUUCCCUUCAGGCAGCAGACUUGAAGUUAUUAACCUCUCAGGAACAAUGUUUAUGGGGAAUUUACCACAUUCUAUAGUUAAUCUUGUCUUCCUACAAGAUUUAGAAAUUUCUCAAUGCAGUUUUUCCGGAUCAAUUCCUUCCUCAUUUGAAAAUCUCACCGAGCUUCGUUAUCUUGAUUUUGGAAGAAAUAAUUUCAGUGGUCCAGUUCCAUCUCUGGUUUUAUCAGAAAAGAUCACUGGAUUGAUAUUUUCCCACAAUCAUUUCUCAGGAUUUAUUCCUUUGUCUUAUGCGAAUGGGCUGAACUAUCUUGAAGUUCUCGACCUGAGGAACAACUCAUUGAAGGGAAUGAUCCCUCCAGCUCUUUUCACGAAACCCUUACUGAGGAGUCUAGAUCUUAGCCAGAACCAGCUUAAUGGACAGCUAAAAGAAUUUCAGAAUGCUUCAUCUUCCCUAUUGAGGGAGAUGCACCUGAGUGAAAAUGAAUUGCAGGGUCCAAUACCAGUGUCAAUCUUCAAAAUAAGAGGGCUCAAUGUCCUGGGGCUUUCUUCCAACCAGUUCAAUGGCAGCAUAAACUUUGAGAUGAUCAAAGAUACUAACGAGCUUACUACACUCGAUCUCUCUGGCAAUAACUUCUCCUUUGAGGUUAGUGGUGUCAAUUCAACCUUGUUUUCUCAUAUUGGAAAGCUCGGUUUGGGUUCCUGUAACUUAAAAGAAAUUCCAGGUUUUCUGACAAACCUGAUGAACUUGUUUCAUUUGGACCUUUCUAAUAACAAAAUCAAGGGUGAAAUACCUAAAUGGAUUUGGAAAUUAGGCAACGAGAAUCUGGUAUAUCUAAACCUAUCUAACAAUAUGCUAUCUGGUUUUGACAAACCAAUUCCAAAUCUUUCUCCUGGUAACUUGGUUGUUCUCGAUCUUCAUUCCAAUUUGCUGCAGGGACCCUUCCUUAUGCCAUCACCUUCCAUCAUCCACUUAGAUUACUCACACAACCAGUUUUCAUCCUCCUUACCAUCCAGGAUUUUCGAAAACCUGACCUAUGCUAGUUUCGUAUCCCUAUCAAGUAAUCACUUCAAUGGAGAAAUUCCGUUUUCAAUGUGCGAGACGUGGAACUUAUUUGUCCUAGAUCUGUCUAAAAAUCACUUCAAUGGCUCCAUUCCAGAGUGCCUGGGUAAUUCCAAUAGUUUCUUGAAGGUGUUAAAUCUGCGAAACAAUGAACUACAUGGAAUCCUGCCAAAAAGGUUCGCAGAUAAUUGCACUUUGAGAACUCUCGAUGUCAAUCAAAAUCACUUACAAGGGCCUCUGCCAAGAUCACUGGCCAACUGUGGAGAUUUGGAAGUUUUAGACGUUGGCAACAAUUUCUUGAAUGGUUCUUUCCCAUUCUGGUUGGAAACUUUGCCCCUGCUACGAGUCCUUAUCUUGCGGUCCAAUUUCUUUGGCGGUUCAAUCAUUUAUUCUCCCAGUAAAACUUCAUUCCCUCUGCUACAAAUAAUUGAUCUAGCUUCCAAUAAAUUCCGGGGCAAUUUGUCGUCUGAAUGGUUCAAGAGUUGGAAGGGGAUGAUGAAGCAGGAAAAGAAAUCACAGUCUAGCCAAGUUCUCAGAUAUAGCUAUUUGGUGCUAACUCCAUUCUAUUACAAAGACUCUGUGACAUUGGUAAACAAAGGGUUUAACAUGGAGUUGGAGAAGAUCUUGACAAUCUUCACUUCUAUUGAUUUAUCCAACAAUCUGUUCGAGGGUGAGAUUCCUGAAAAUAUAGGAGAUCUUGAUUUACUCUAUGUACUCAACUUGUCAAAUAACCAUCUCACAGGCCAGAUUCCUUCUUCAUUUGGAAAACUCAAGGAGCUUGGUUCUUUGGACCUGUCAGAAAACAGACUUUCAGGUGCGAUUCCUCAACAACUCACCACAUUAACCUUUCUCUCAGUUUUAAAACUCUCACAGAAUCUCCUCGUGGGAGAGAUACCGCAAGGCAAUCAGUUUGGGACAUUCACAUCAGCUGCUUUUGAAGGGAAUAUUGGACUAUGUGGCCCUCCAUUAACCAAGACCUGCUCUCAUGCAUUGCCUCCAAUGGAGCCGAAUGCCGACCGUGGAAAUGGCACUUGGGGUAUUGAUUGGAACUACUAUUGGAUUGGAUUUGGCUGUGGAGGUGGAAUGGGCCUAAAUAUUGGGUUUGUGGCAGGAACUGUUGCCAUUAAUAUCUUUAUAUGCUAUUGCAAUGAAGCGAAUCCCAUGCCAAAAUGUAGCAAACGUUACGCUUCAAUGAAUGAUAAAGGGUAG